UGUCAAUGGCCUGUGUCCACCUGGCUUCCAAGAUAGAAGAGGCUCCAAGACGCAUUCGGGACGUCAUCAAUGUGUUUCACCGCCUGCGACAGCUAAGAGAGAAAAAGAAGCCCGUGCCUCUACUAUUGGAUCAAGAUUAUGUUAAUUUAAAGAACCAAAUAAUAAAGGCGGAAAGACGAGUUCUCAAAGAGUUGGGUUUCUGCGUCCAUGUGAAGCAUCCUCAUAAGAUAAUCGUUAUGUACCUUCAGGUGUUAGAGUGUGAGCGUAACCAACACCUGGUCCAGACCUCAUGGAAUUACAUGAACGACAGCCUUCGUACCGACGUCUUCGUGCGGUUCCAGCCUGAGAGCAUCGCCUGUGCCUGCAUUUAUCUUGCUGCCCGGACACUGGAGAUCCCUUUGCCCAAUCGUCCCCAUUGGUUUCUUUUGUUUGGAGCAACUGAAGAAGAAAUUCAGGAAAUCUGCUUGAAGAUCUUGCAGCUUUAUGCUCGGAAAAAGGUUGAUCUCACACACCUGGAGGGUGAAGUGGAAAAGCGAAAACACGCUAUCGAAGAGGCAAAGGCCCAAGCCCGGGGCCUGCUGCCUGGGGGUGCACAGGUGCUGGAUGGUACCUCAGGGUUCUCACCUGCCCCCAAGCUGGUGGAAUCCCCCAAAGAAGGUAAGGGGAGCAAGCCUUCCCCACUCUCUGUGAAGAACACCAAGAGGAGGGUGGAGGGCACCAAGAAAGCCAAGGCAGACAGCCCCGUGAACGGCUUGCCGAAGGGGCGAGAGAGUCGAAGUCGGAGCCGGAGCCGUGAGCAGAGCUACUCAAGGUCCCCAUCCCGAUCGGCGUCUCCUAAGAGGAGGAAAAGUGACAGCGGCUCCACGUCUGGCGGGUCCAAGUCGCAGAGCCGCUCCCGGAGCCGGAGUGACUCCCCACCGAGACAGGCCCCCCGCAGUGCUCCCUACAAAGGCUCUGAGAUUCGGGGCUCCCGGAAAUCCAAGGACUGCAAGUACCCCCAGAAGCCACACAAGUCUCGGAGCCGGAGUUCAUCCCGUUCCCGAAGCAGGUCACGGGAGCGGGUGGAUAAUCCAGGAAAAUACAAGAAGAAAAGUCAUUACUACAGAGAUCAGCGACGGGAGCGCUCGAGGUCAUACGAACGCACAGGCCGUCGCUAUGAGCGGGACCACCCUGGGCACAGCAGGCAUCGGAGGUGAGGUGGGGUUGCAGUGACUGGCGGCCACAGGCCCUUCCCUGGGGGGUUCCUGAUGGCUGCCCUUUGACCCCCGGGUGUGCUCCCUCAGCGCAGGUGACCCUAGAGCAGGAUUCUUUUUGGAGAUGUAUGUUGAGUGGACCUUGGUGGAUUUGGAAAUGGAACUGAGGGACCGGUGACAUGUGCUUCAGACCGGUCUGGGGUGCGGCACACACCUGGGCCGUGUAGGGCCCGGCUCGGCGGCAGCUCUGAGGCCAGCUCGAUGAAAAAGUGAACACACACGCCCCUGUUGGCGUGGCCUGGUGUGGCCUGGUGCUAUCGGCAGCCGCUCUCCACUCCCUGACUGAUACUCAAUUACGUGAAGCCAAGAAAGAUGAUUUUUAGAAUCUUUGCCUAUAUUAGGUUGUACUUAUGUACAUAUUUUGCAGUGUUUCACAAGAGAAAAUGGCCUUAAUUGCCCCUUAUUCUCUCUCCACAUUGUAAAUAAACAUGUGUUUAAUACAAGUUAAAGCUAUAUAUGAAAACUCAGAACUUGAAUCCUGUCAGCUUAAACCUUGUGUAGGGAAUCCUGACUUUUAAACUGUGAGGGUAUUUGGAUCUGUGUUGAAAGUCGUAUAUUUUUAUCUGUGCAGUGCUGAGUGCAGGCCACCAGCUCCUAAAUAGAGGUUCCCUAUAUGCGCGUAUGACAUGGUGAAUAAACACAGCUCUCUCCACUCAGGA